AUGGUCACUUACGAAAUUAAGGUGAAGACCGGGGAUGUGCAGGGGGCGGGUACAGAUGCCAACGUAGAGAUAGUUCUACUGGGUAGCUCUGGGAAGCAAACACAAUCCGCCACUCUUGAUAACAGGUUUAGAAAUGAUUUUGAAAGAUGCCGGACAGAUGUCUUCACCAUAAAAGAUAAAACAGAUAUUCCUGAAGUAACUGAAAUCAAGCUGCGAAGAGACAAAGCGGGUUCCUUCAGCGAUUGGUUUGUCGAAAAGAUCCAAGUAACAAAUUGGAAGAGCGGAUAUACUUCUGUUUUUCCAAUACUUCGAUGGAUUCGUCCUGAUGUUGACCUUUAUUUUGGACGAUAUGAUGCCUCUCUGCCUCAGUUUGAUCCUCGACCAGAACAGCGCAGGGCUGAACUUUAUGAGAAAAGACAACUAUAUGAGUAUGAGGAGAAAAGACCGGGAUUUCCCGUUCAGGUUAAAAACUUCCCCGAGGACGAGGAUUUUUCUUUUUCUCACAAGUUUGAUCUGCUGAAGAAAACCCUUACUCUGAAGGCCGGUAAGGCGUGGGAGAUGAUUUUUGGUGAUGGACCGUGGCAAACUUUAGACGACUUGAAAGAUAUAUACUCGAAAAUAUUUGAAGAGCCCAAGGGGAUGCAGGGUUGGGAGAGUGAUAUUAGUUUUGGCUGGCAGCGAUUAAAUGGUCUCAAUCCAAACAUGAUACGUCUUUGUACCCAUUUACCGGACAAAUUUGGUGUGACUGAAGAAAUGGUUAAACCUUUCCUCGGGGGCCUUACAAUAUCUCAAGCCAUCAGGGAUAAACGUUUGUUCCUCACUGAUCUAGAAACACUGAAUGGGAUUUCUUGUAAAAAAGGUCACCAUUGCAGUGUAGCACCCAUUGGCCUUUUCUUUGUUGAUGUUAGAGGUCAACUGAUGCCAGUAGCGAUACAACUCUUUCAACAGAAGGGACCUGAUAACCCUGUAUUUUUGCCUAGUGAUCCCCCAUAUACCUGGUCGAUGGCCAAAAUGUGGUUUAAUGUGGGGGACUCAAAUCUUCAUCAAACCAUUGCUCAUCUAGGUUGUACACACCUAAUUUUGGAGAGUGAAUGUGUAGCAGCCAAUAGAUGUCUAUCUCCUUCACAUCCCAUGUUUAAACUGUUGGCUCCUCAUCUUCUCUACAUUAUUGCAGUCAAUGACGGCGGUCUUGAAGUACUUCUAGAGCCUGAAGGAAUAUUCAAUACAUUGACAGUGAUCGGAAGCAAGGGUAGUGCGGAGCUCAUUGCCAAAGGAACAAGUUCCUGGAGAAUGGAUGUAGAAGGAACAUAUCCAGAAUUUUUGAAACACAGAGGGCUAUAUUGCAAGGAUGGAAAAAUUCUGCAAACGUUUUACCAGCGUGACGAUAGUCUAGAUUUGUAUGAAGCCAUUCACAGCUACGUCAGCAAUUACGUCACUCUCUAUUACGACACUAAUGAUAAAAUUAUCGAGGACGAUGAAAUUCAAAAGUUUGGACGUGAAUUGUCAAUCCCAAAGUCUGAAGGAGGUUGCGGAAUUUUGGGUGUUCCUCUCAAAGACGGGAAGUUCAGUUCAACCGACCAGGUGGCGCUCGCCUUCACUUCCGUUAUUUUUACCAGUAGUGUUGUACAUGCCGCUAUCAAUUUUCCUCAGUAUGAUACGUACGGAUUCCCCCCUAACUAUCCGACCAAACUCAAGGGAAAGCCUCCCAUAGAUAAGAGGCCCUUGAAGGAAGAGGACGUCGUUAAGGCCCUAGUUGACAAGUCUACGGCACUGGAAGUCUUGAUUUUUGUAUCAAUUUUGAGUGAAAGAGUCACCAACGCUCUAGGAGACUUUGAAGUGGACUAUAUAUAUGAUCCACCAGCAGUAGAAAUCGUAAAGGAAUUCAGACAAAAUUUGAAAAACAUCAGUUCAAAGAUCCGUGAUAGAAAUAAGAAGUUGGUUAGAAAGUAUGACUAUCUUCUGCCAGAGGAAAUCCCAAAUUCCACCAGCAUUUGAUUCUCUUUGGUGUUUUUAAGUUUUCUAUUUACAUACUCUUCAUAUGAUAUAAAUAUUGUUAAAUUUUUAGGGAUGUCAAAUCGGUCAAUUUUUGAUAAUCGGUUACUCGAACGUUUUUCCGAUCGAGUACCCGGG